AUGAUGCGUCCCAACCGCGGCUUCAUCCUGCUCCUCCUCAACGGAACCGCUUGUUUGGUGGCCCUGGGUCAAGAAGAUGACUCCUCCAGCCCCAAGAGCUCUUCAGACGACUCCUCUAAGACGGUGGGCCUCCUAAGCGGGCAGGCCCCCCUCUCGCCCCUGAGCCGCUGGAUGCUUCACAGUAAGAGCAGGGCUGCUAAUGACACCUCUCUGGAGAUGCCCUACCGCUCACCGGUCCCUUUCUCCAAGCAGGAAUUUUCUAAACAGGAGUUCUGGGAGAUGUUGGGCAGCGACCUGCUCAAGCCCGACGCCUCCAGCUCCAGGGUUAAACGCCGGCCCAUUGUUAAGACCGGCAAGUUCAAGAAGAUGUUUGGCUGGGGUGACUUCUAUUCCAAUAUCAAGACGGUGAGGCUUAACCUGCUGAUCACCGGCAAGAUUGUGGAUCAUGGUAACGGCACGUUCAGCGUCUACUUCCGCCACAACUCCACAGGCCAGGGCAACAUCUCAGUCAGCCUGGUGCCACCUGUCAAGGCGGUUGAGUUUGACCUGGAGCGUCAGAGCGUGGUCUACCCCAAGGACUCCAAGAUCUUCAACUGCCGUGUGGACUAUGAGAAGGUGGAUCGCAGCAAGCGCACCUCGCUGUGCAACUAUGACCCGUCCAAGACCUGCUUCCAGGAGCAGAUUCAGAGUCAUGUAUCCUGGAUUUGCUCCAAGCCUUUCAAGGUCAUCUGUAUCUACAUAUCCUUCUACAGUACGGACUACCGCCUGGUGCAGAAGGUUUGCCCGGACUACAACUACCAUAACGAGAUGCCCUACCUGCCCUCGGGUUAG